ACGUAUUUCUUUCUUCUUUUUGAACUUUUCUUCCACAACUAAACUGCUCCAUUCUUGAUUUUUCUUCUUAUCAAGUUUUAUUUUCAUUUAACAGCUACUUUAACUGUUUUCAAGAACCAGAAUGUAUGCAGAAAGUUUGUCUUUUGAUCCUACUUCUCAUCAAGAUGAAGGAUUAGAUAAAGAGGGGUUGCUUCAUCAUGCAACAUCUUAUGGUACUAACUUUUCCAUGGGACUACAGCAACAGAUGAAUCUUGAAAUUGGAAAAUUUCAUUCUACUCUAAAUUGCAAUAAUGACCAAAGUACUGAAAAUAACUUGAAUAUGCAAGAAUUUGGUCAGCCAAGUUGGGGAGAAAUGGGGUUUAAUCCUUACAAUCAACAACAACUUAGCUACCCCAUUUCCUCAUUGAUUUCAAAUCCAUCAAAUUUCAUAUCAAACACAGACCUCCAGAAAUCUUCAAAUUUCUUGAGCACUCCAUCACUAGGUCUUUUAGCCUCAACUUCAACUAAUCUUUUUUAUGACCCACAAUUGAUGAAUAUGCCUAUGAAUCCUUGUACCCCACAACAACAACAACCUAGUUUGUUUAAAGAGUUGUUUCAUCUUUCCCCACAUGGAUUAGGAAGCUGGGGGACGGGUUCGUUGUUUAGCCAUGGUCAUGGAGUUGUUGAAGAAGAGGUAACAGGUGGUACUUUUUACCAUGAUGGGAGUUUUUUAAGUGGAGAUAUCAACUCUGAAGCAAUUAAAAAGAAGGAAGGUAAAGAUAUAAAGCAUCAUGCUUCUGAGAAACAAAGGAGAGUUCAUUUCAGUGACAAGUUUCAAGCUUUGAGGACUUUGAUCCCAAAUCCCUCAAAGAAUGAUAGAGCAACAAUUAUUGCGGAUGCAAUUGGCUACAUCAAUGAGCUGAAAAUGAGAUUACAUGAACUCAAGAAUCAAGUAGAUUGGAAGAAAGAGAGGAUCAAAAAGCAAAGAAUAGUAAAAGAUGAUGGUGCUGUCAUAGAAGCUGAGAAUUAUGCGAACAAAUCUUGCAAUGGAAAGAGUUCAUGGCAUCAAAGAAAAUCAAAGAAUAGUGAAGUUGAUGUGAGAGUUGUGGAAGAUGAAGUGACUGUUAAACUUGUCCAGCAUGAUCAGCACAAGAGAACGAAUUGCCUUCUCUUUGUAUCAAAAGCUUUUGAUGAGCUUAAGCUGGAUGUCCAUCAUGUUGCUGGAGGAUUGUUUGGUGAUCACUAUAGUUACCUCUUCAACUCCAAGAUUUGUGAAGGUUCAACAGUGUAUGCAAGUGCAAUAGCUGACAAGGUUAUUGAAGUUUUGGACAAGGAACAUGCAACCUUUAAUUAAGUUGGUCUAUUUGGUCUAGAAAUAUAAUAUAGGCUUCCGUUAAUUUCUACUUUGUAAAACAGUGAAAGGUGCAUAACGUUAUUUCCUGGUUUGUUGAAAACAAAUUCGACCUACGUAAUAUGUGAGAAUUAUGAUGAUUAUUUACAUUUGAUCUGAAAGAUCUAGCA